ACGAGUUUAACAACUUAACAAACCUACUGGACAAGGAAUGGGGCUUAAGCCUCUAGAAUUUGCCGACUGUUUGUUGGACAGCCCUUAUUUUCGAGAAAAUAUUCACGAACAUGAACGAGAAUUGGAGCAGACGAAUGAGGCGAUUAAGGGUUUGAUCAAGGAAUGCAAAGCUUUACUCAAGGCAACGGAAAACCUUUCAAAAGCACAACAGAGCUUUGCUCAAGUGUUAGAUAACUUUCGCUUUGAAUGCAUUGGUGAAGUAGAAACUGAUGAUGAGAUCCKCAUUGCUGAUGCACUCAAAGAAUUCGCCUCAGUGAUUAAAGUUGUAGAAGAAGAAAGGGCUAGAAUGAUCAACCAUACCAACUUUCAGCUUAUUCAGCCACUAGAGGUUUUUAGGAAAGAGCAGAUUGGAGGAGCCAAGGAAGAAAAAAAGAAGUUUGACAAGCAAACUGAGAAAUUUUGUUUAACUGUUCAAAAUUAUCUAAACAUGUCGUCAAAGAAAAAAGAAACACAGCUUAAAGAGGCAGACUCACAACUGGAAUAUGAGCGGGGUGUAUUCCACCAGACAGCUCUGGAUUAUGUCUUUAAACUACAAGAAGUUAAUGAAACAAAGAAGUUCCAGUUCGUUGAAACACUAUUAUCUUUUAUGUAUGUACAAAUGACUUUUUUUCACAGUGGCCAUGAAGCCUAUAAAGAUUAUAUGGAAUACAUGACAGAUUUGCAAUUAAGGCUUCAAAAUACUAGGGACAGAUUUAGUGCGACCAAGGAACAGGCUGAAACACUAAUGAACAAAGUACAGCAGAAAGCAAAGAGUGGGGAACUUCACCAUCAAGGAGCACACACACGACAAGGCUACCUUAAUGUACAGGAGAAAAGAAAAGGUGGCCUAGGAUACACAUGGACAAAGCACUACUGCUACUACACCAAAGAAAAUAAAAUAUUAACUAUGAUACCAUAUGUACAGACCCAGGGCAGAAUGGUAGUAAGAAUUAAUGUUUAUGGCCUUGUAAUUUAUUUUAUUUAUCUCUCUACUUGUUCCAGGAGGAUGACUGACUCAACAGAUAGAAGGUUCUGUUUUGAUAUUACAGCACWAGACAGGCCAGGAACUAUUACUUUACAGUGCCUAAAUGAAGAGGAUAGGAAGCUUUGGCUGGAGGCAAUGGAUGGAAAAGAACCGGAGUACAUGGACUCCAACCAACUGCCAAUCAUGGAUGAUGCUGAAAAAACUGAACUUGGACUGGAAUUUAUCAAAAAAGCGAUAGCUGCUAUAGAGAAGAGAGGCAUAACAGACCAGGGACUGUACAGGAUUGUUGGUGUAGGAUCAAAGGUCCAAAACGUGAUUUUUCAGUGCAUAGAGAAGAAAAAGAUUUAUGCUAUAGACUUGGAAAGUGAGGAUUGUGAAUUUGAGGUCAAAACGAUAACGAGUGCCCUGAAGCAACACCUCAGGAAUAUGUGCCCCCCUGUCUUUACAUUUGAUUAUCAUGAUGACUUUCUAAAUGCUGUCAAGCUAGAAACUUAUAAAAAAAGAAUAGAACAGCUAAAGAAAUUGAUACAAGCCCUUCCAGAACACAACAGAAAUCUGAUUUUCCGAAUUAUGACUCAUCUGAAAAGGGUUGCUGCUCAUUCAAACAAGAACCUAAUGGCAGCCAGUAAUCUUGGGGUUGUGUUUGGACCAACACUAAUGAAGUCUAAAGAGGAAACGAUGGCUGCUAUUAUGAAUUUGAAGUAUCAAAGUGUAGUGGUCGAGCUGUUAAUCAAGGAAUAUGAUUACCUAUUUGAUGUACCCAAGGAAGAAGAAAUAAAUAAUAUCCAGAACUCGCAGAAUUCAAACCAAAAUGCAGUUGAAARGCCAAUCUUACCGCCUAAGAAACCAAUGGGCAAAAGAAGUACAAAUGAUGACCCUGAUAGUAAUUGCAUUGAUGGGAAGCCACCUGCUUCUGCUAAAGCAUAUCCUGCACCACGACCACCAAAUAGGCCACCCUAUGUGCCAAGACGGAAACAAGUACCAUCUACAGAUUCAGAUGAAGAUGAUUCAAGCUCAAAAUCAGGAUCAUCAGGAAGUUUACAGACUGCUACAGGAGACAAAGGAAGAUCUUCACCAGUCAAUCAAAAGAAAGACAAAAUAGAAAAGCCAUCAAUUCCUCCAAAGAAAGAUGAUUUAGUUGCUGAGUACGAAAAUCCACAGAAUGAUGAGCCAAAGUCAAAACCUUCCCGACAUGUUUCUGUCAUGGUUCAAAUGUUUUCAGCAAAUGACAAUCCUGGAAAAAGAGACAGUAGAAACUUUGAUGGGAUAUUCAGGGACGCAAGACUGCCAAGGACUUCCCCACCGCCAUUGCCGCAGUCGCCACCACCAGCAGAACCACCAAACAUGGUCCCUCCCCGAACUCCAAGGAAAGCUCGAAGUCUGUACCCGUGUGUUGCUGAGAAUAGUUCUGAGCUGUCGUUUGAUGCAGGAGCAGUCAUAACCAAUGUUCGUGAAUCUAAAGAACCUGGUUGGUUAGAAGGGACAAUCAGUGGUAGAACGGGACUCAUUCCUGCAAAUUAUGUUGAAUAUAUUUCUUAGUCUCUUUUAGUAUCGAUAUUAAUAAUAUAUUAUAUACCAUUUAUAAUAAUAAUGAUAAUAUUAAUAUUUUGAUUUCCUUGAAAUGGAGUGUGUGAUAGUAUGUUGUGGUGUAAAAAAGCAACAAUCUGCAAGAUCAAAUUCAACGCCAAUAGAAUUUUAUCCCUAUUUGCUUGGAAUUAACAUAACUAAAAUUAAUGCAAGUGUCUUUUUCUAAACUGUGUCAAAAGACCUAUUUACAUUGGGUUUGAUGUUUUCUGAAAUGGGAAAACAUUACAACCAUGCUCAAAGGAUCAAAUGUAGAGCACGAGUCUGGUUGAACCAAAAAAAAAUUGAUGGGAGGGGAGGGUGGUAUAUUGCCAAAUCUUGCCUCUGGAAAUUCAAGAAUUAUACUGUUUAUGAUAAUAAUCGUGUUUUAAUUGAAAAUAGUUUUUAACAAUAGCUGUUUCAUUAAACCUGGACAUUAUUAUAUCUUCAGUAGGUUGCCUGGUUUUUUUUCUUUUUUCUUGAAUGACCAUGCCCUGACUUAGAUCAGCCUAUUGGCUGUUGCAUAGGCUCAAAGAAAAGGACUUUUUGUCUAGAUAUAUAACACAACAGCAUUCCUGAGGUUUAAUGAAACAGUUAUAGUCUAAAUAUUAAAACUGGAAAUGUAAUCAGAAAGCUAGCAUCUAAUAUUCAAACAAAGCAUGGGACAAGCAUCAAUUAUUGCCUUAUACCUCUUUCAUUAAUCAGUCAAUCAAUAGACCUCGUCGGCUAGGCGGGCGUAAUGUUUUUCCGUAAUGUUUUCAGACCACGUGUCAUUCCCUUGAGUAUCAUUUCUUUGUUUAACGGUUGCGCAUGAGAGGACAUGAAUAUGGAUACAACUCAAAGAAAGGAUUUUAUUCUUAAGGGAAUGACACGUGGUCUGAAACAGGAAAACAUUACGCCUGAGCCGAGAAGGUCUAUUAACUUUAUUCAUCCACAGUAAACGGCUCAGUAGUCUGAUUUUCAGACAUGCCGUGCUAGGUAAAGGAAUGAAUUAUUCUUCUCCAUGCUUCCUCUAAACAAAAAAGAAUAGCAAAUAUAAUAAAUAUUAUAAUAUUAACUUGACUACUUUGUACAUAAAAGUUAUUGAUUAAAUAAUGUGGCAAACAAGAGAAAGAAGGUUAGACCAGUAAA